AUGACAAUUUCUUUAUGGUAUGGCAAUAUUUCGCUUUUCCAAAACAAUAUCACGAGAAACUAUUGCGAAUAUGAUGCAGCAUUUGGAAUAUCAUAUAGCCAAUUCACUCGUUCAAUCAAAUAUUCGAAUAUUGAUGAAAACUAUGCAACAUACAGAAUUUGUUUUGUACAAUCCAAACCAGCAACAUGUAACAGCAUUGUUUUCACAAACAACAUUGUUUCUGCAGAUGAUAGUGAUUUUCCUGAAAUGUUUAAUUGUGUUAGUUGUUCUGCUACAUUUGAAAACUGUUUCAUUGCAAGUAACAAACAAAAUGAUUGUUAUUUGUUUGGAAUUGCAGGUUCAGGAUAUACAGUUACAGUUUCUAAUUCAUAUAUUGAUACACAAGAAAAAUUAUUUCCAGAAGGUCAACAAGUUUCAAUUGGACAAAAUAAAGACAUUUCAGUUGAACUUCAUCUUCAUUCGAUUGAACUCUGUCCAACAGGAAAUAACAUUGAAAAUCUUAAUAAAAUCAUUUCGAAGCUUAUUCAUCUUCAUGGAAUCGGUGAAUCAAUGACUUCGUUAUUUUCUUAA